GUGAGCAAGGCGGCGCGCGCCGGGGGCUCAUGGCGCUGCGGAGGGCGCUGAGCGCGGCGGGCGGCCGGUGGGCGCAGGGCCUCUGCUCCGCGGCGCGGCGUGACACCGUCUUCGCCGUGUCCUCGGGCCACGGCAAGUGCGGCGUGGCGGUGAUCCGGGCGAGCGGGCCGGGCUGCCGGGAGGCCCUGCAGAGCCUCACGGGGCGCCCCGAGCCGCCGGCGCCCCGCGUCCUGGCGCUGCGGCGCAUCCGCGACCCCGCCACCGCCGAGCCCCUGGACCGUGGCCUCGUCGCCUGGUUCCCAGGGCCCCAUAGCUUCACGGGGGAGGACUGCUGCGAGCUGCACGUGCACGGCGGGCCGGCCGUGGUGAGCGGCGUGCUGCGGGCGCUGGGGCGCCUGCCCGGCCUGCGGCCCGCCGAGCCGGGCGAGUUUGCCCGGAGAGCCUUCCACAACGGCAAGCUGGACCUGACGGCGGUGGAGGGGCUGGGCGACCUCAUCCAGGCGGAGACGGAGGCGCAGCGGCGGCAAGCCCUGCGGCAGAUGGAGGGCGAGCUGGGGCGGCUCUACCAGCGCUGGAGCGAGACCCUCACCCAGGCGCUGGCCCACCUCGAAGCCUACAUCGACUUCAGCGAGGAUGACAACGUGGAGGAAGAGGUGCUGUCGCGAGGUGAGGGCGGCCGGGGGCCGGGGCGCGCCAGUGGUGUGUGUCCCCCCCACCACCACCACCCCAGCCCCAUCGUGCCACCGCUCUCCCCCCCCUUCCCACCCCCCCCCGCAGUGGCCGCGGCCGUGCGGGCGCUGGAGCGGGAGGUGGGCGCCCACCUGCGGGACGGGCGGCGCGGGGAGCUGCUCCGCGGCGGCGUCCGCGUGGUCAUCGCCGGCCCCCCCAACGUGGGCAAGAGCAGCCUGCUCAACCUGCUGGCCCAGCGACCGGCAGCCAUCGUGUCCCCCGUGGCGGGGACCACGCGGGACGUGGUGGAGCUGUCGCUGAACGUCGGCGGCUACCCCGUGGUGCUGAGCGACACGGCCGGGCUGCGCGCCGCCGCCGACCCCGUGGAGCAGGAGGGCGUGAGCCGGGCGCGGGAGAGGCUGCAGCAGGCGGACCUGGUGCUGGCGGUGCUGGACGCCGGCGCGGUGCCGGCGGAGCCGGGGGCCCUGGGCGAAGCGCUGGGGGCCGUGGUGCCCCCCGCCGCCCCACAGCCCCGCGUGCUGGUGCUGAACAAGGUGGACCUGGUGCGGGGCGGCGCGGGGGCCCUGCGGGACGCCUGCGCCCGGGCCGGGCUGCCCCCCGCCGCCCCGCUCUCCUGCAAGACGGGCGAGGGGCUCGCCGGGCUGGUGGAGCUGCUGCGGCGGCAGCUGGAGCGGCUGUGCGGGGACCCGCUGGCCGGCUCGCCCAGCCUCACGCAGACCCGCCACGGCCAGCACCUGCGCGCCUGCCGCGCCGCCCUGGCCCGCUACGGCCGCGCCGCCGGCGCCGACCUGGCGCUGGCCGCCGAGGAGCUGCGCCUGGCGCGCCGGCACCUGGGCCGCAUCACGGGGCACGUGGGCGCCGAGGACGUCCUGGACAUCAUCUUCAGGGACUUCUGCGUGGGCAAGUGAGGGGCCCCGGCGGCUCGUCGCUCCGCGCCGUUAUUAAACCGUGGUGCCUUCGGC